UGGAAAGUGUUGUAUUUACAUUUUCCAAAGUAUGCUUCCUUGGUAUUGAUUAAUCCAUUUUGAUGAUUAGAUUUUUUCAAGUGCUUUUCUGAAUUAUUCAAUUUUCACAAAUGUUAUCUGCGGUGAAAUAAUUGUGCAUUAAUAUAAGAACAUUGUUGCGAAAUACUCGACCUUUCCUUUGCACAGGUGAAUAAUAUGGGAAACGUGUAAAUUGAAAUAGAUCGAAUUAUAAUGGCCGAGUUAACAGCAGAACAAGGAUUUUACCAGUUGAGCAUAACGUUCGAAUGUGCUCACUUGAAGAACGUCAGUUCGACGUUUUUAUUGAAACCAAACCCGUACAUCGAGUUGUACGUAGACGGUGUUUUCGUCAAGAAAACCGAAGUAGUCAAGUGUACUUAUCAACCUAAAUGGAACGAAGAAUACACUGUUUUGGUUACUCCGCAUUCGCGAUUAUGCUUUCAAGUUCGUGAUCAUAGUACAUUCCGUAAAGAUGCGGUUAUAGGCCAAAGAAUGGUCGAGCUGUAUCAUAUUUUGCAUUAUUAUAAUGGUAAAUUGGAAAACUUGGAGUUAACGUUGGAACUGAUGACUGAAGCUAGGGCUACUUCGUAUUCUCGUUAUGUUUCUGUUGGGAAAUUAAUCACGCUUUUUAAUGGUUUAAAUGUCGAUUUGCAAGCUGUACCGCAACAACAUUUCCUUAGGCCGAGAGGUUUAGAAGGUGGUAUCCUUGGUCGUAUUCGUAUGAGCGAUACUCCAGUAAUCAGUGGCGCUGAAACUAAUGGGACAUCAUCGAAUCAGUUAUCAAUUACCGAACUGACUGCUCAAACGGAUGCUAUUCUUACAAGACUCGUAGCUUCAUUAGCUGAUAACAACGAAACCGCGUCGAGUAACGCUGCUGGCAGCGUUAGCGGCGCUAGCACCAACGUCGUGCUUUCAAAUUCCACUUCUAGUGAUAACGUUGUUACGACUAACGGUAUCGGUGGUACUAGCAGCUGUAGCGUAUCAUCUGCGCCUAGUACGAUUACCAGUAGUCCUAGCACCAGCUCUAGCAACGUGUCUACCAUCAACGGUCCUAGUAACAGUCCAAGUACAACCAGGCAAACUGCGAGACCGGUGCCUAGUUCUAGUUCUAGUGAUAUUUCGUCUCAGUCGAGAUCCACGAAUGGCACAAAUUCCAAAGAACCUAAUCCCGAUCCGAGUGCUAGGCCACCUGCCGAAGAACCUCUACCUGCUGGAUGGGAGAUGAGAGUUGAUGUGUAUGGCAGAAAAUAUUAUGUAGAUCAUAAUACACGCAGUACGUCAUGGGAACGUCCGCAACCUUUACCUCCCGGCUGGGAACUACGGCGUGAUCCGCGCGGUCGGAUUUAUUACGUAGAUCAUAAUAACCGAACUACUACUUGGCAACGUCCCAAUUCCGAACGUUUGCAGCAUUUUCAAAACUGGCAAGUCGAAAGGGCUCAUGUCGUGCAGCAGGGAAAUCAACGCUUUCUAUAUCCGCAGCCCGGCUCUGGACCGCCAGGUAGCACCGUUGCUGUGGCUGCUUCUACUGCAGCUGCUCCGAUUGCUGGACAAUCAACGGCUGCUCUGCCAGCCGGUUCUGGUUCGCCGUCCACUUCUAACGCCACGAACGCCACAGCCACCGUAGCUCCGAUCGUAGCCGCUGUUCCGUCCGGUGUCGGUGUAGGUGUCGCAGGUGCUGCUGGUGCUGUCGUUUGUAACGCCGAAGACGAUCCUAAUCAAGAACCUUUACCUGCCGGAUGGGAAAGACGGAUACAUCCCGAUGGUCGAAUGUAUUUCGUCAAUCACAAGAAUCGUACUACCCAAUGGGAAGAUCCUCGUACUCAAGGGCAAGAAGUUAACAUCAAUCCAGACGAGCCUCCAUUACCCCCCGGUUGGGAAAUACGUUAUACCGAAGAAAAUGUGAGAUAUUUUGUGGAUCACAACACCAGAACUACCACGUUCCAGGAUCCUCGACCCGGUGUUCCUAAUAAAUACUGCAAAGGCAUUUACGGUGUUCCUAAAGCAUACGAGCGCUCGUUCCGUUGGAAAUUGAGUCAGUUCAGAUAUCUAUGCCAAAACAACGUGUUACCCAGUCAUAUUAAGAUUACUAUUAGCCGGCAAACGUUAUUCGAAGAUUCUUACCAUCAGAUCAUGAGGUUACCAGCGUACGAACUGCGACGUAGACUUUAUAUCAUAUUUAGAGGCGAAGAAGGUCUCGAUUACGGUGGUGUUUCUAGAGAAUGGUUCUUUUUACUCUCGCAUGAAGUCCUUAACCCGAUGUAUUGUUUAUUCGAAUACGCUAACAAGAAUAACUACAGUUUACAAAUUAAUCCAGCCUCUUACGUGAAUCCGGACCACUUACUGUAUUUCAAGUUUAUCGGAAGGUUUAUCGCAAUGGCUUUGUACCACGGCAGAUUUAUAUAUUCGGGAUUCACGAUGCCGUUCUACAAGAAAAUGCUCAACAAGAAAUUAACCAUGAAAGAUAUCGAAUCGGUUGAUCCGGAAUUCUAUAAUUCGCUGGUGUGGAUACGUGAUAAUAAUAUCGAAGAUUGCGCUCUGGAGUUGUACUUCAGCGUAGAUUUCGAAAUUUUGGGCCAAAUACAUCACCACGAGUUGAAGGAGAAUGGAGAUAAAGUGCAAGUUAUGGAGAGCAACAAAGAGGAAUAUUUGAGAUUAAUGACCGAGUGGCGAAUGAGCAGAGGUAUCGAGGAGCAAACGAAAGCCUUCUUGGACGGAUUCAGCGAAGUGGUGCCUUUAGAAUGGUUGAAAUAUUUCGACGAACGUGAACUGGAACUGAUGCUUUGCGGUAUGCAAGAAAUAGACGUCGACGACUGGCAGAGAAACACCAUUUAUAGACAUUACACCAGGGGCAGUAAACAAAUCAUUUGGUUUUGGCAGUUCAUCCGACACGCAGAUAACGAAAGAAGAGCUCGACUCUUACAAUUCGUUACCGGAACUUGUCGUGUGCCUGUCGGAGGAUUCGCCGAACUCAUGGGAAGCAACGGCCCGCAAAGAUUCUGCAUCGAAAAAGUUGGCAAAGAAAGUUGGUUACCGAGGUCUCACACCUGUUUCAAUCGACUCGACUUACCUCCGUACAAAAACUACGACCAGUUAGUGGAGAAAUUAACUUUCGCCAUCGAAGAAACCGAAGGAUUUAGUCAAGAGUAAUCCUAGUACUAGUACAUCGAGCUUUCUCAUCGUACUCGUUCCUCUUUCGCUAAAUCGAGGAUCGUCGUACGAGGUGUUUUUUUUAUCAAUAUUGAGCGAAAACAUUCCAAGAGGUGGCUUAUUUUUUGGAUGUUUUUUUGCAUCGUGAGUGCGUGAGUCUGCGACUUUGCGCGUAUGUGAGUUUUAUGUUGAGUGAAAGUGGUCCUAUUUUUAUUAAAUAGCGUAUUGUUACCGUAUUUACGCACUUGAUAUUUUUAAUCUUAGGUAUUUUUUUUCUAAUUCGAUUUUUUUUUUAGAUAAUGUGAGAAUAUGAAUUUUGGUGCGUAUUGUAUUAUGUAUCAUCGUAUAAUAUUAUAUUUAUCGAGUUUUCCUCCCUUUUCUUAUUUUCCCUCUCUUUUUUUUUCUUUCGAUUAUUUAAUUUGUAUAUUCAGUUGUUAUCGAAUAUGAUUGUAAUUAUUGUAUAUUGUUAAUGUAUUUUUAUUAUUUUGUAGCAAUAAUCGUUGUUUCUCUUUUGUUUUCUCAUAUUUCUCCUACCCUACUAUACCGGUCCCCUCCCAUUCUUUUUCUUAAAUGCACGUUUUAUGGUAUACGUUGAUAUCCCAUUUAUAAAUGUAUUGUUUAUUAAUAAAAUAUUUCAUUUUUAAAAAA